AGUGAAGAAACACACACGCUCGCUCAGUGAUGCUGUCGUCUGGACAACAACAUCCAGUAGAGAAACAAAAGGUCGAUAGAUGCUGUGAAAAUGAGAAAGGUGCAAAACUAAAGCAAAGCUAACAGAAAAGCACCCAGUGUGUGAAACGCACGGAUUCAGAUUGUGUUAUAUAAUAUUAAGAUUUCAUUAAGUAGUUUCUACUGUUUACAUUGUGAAACAAAGAGAAGCGCUUUACCGCAGCGUUUGCUGUCAAAAAGGAAGUUAAACGCUUGACAUCUUUCAGAGUGGAAAACUCUUUUUGACUCAGUGGCUGCCAUGGACUCAGAAGAUGAACCAUUGUUGCUCCAGGGUACCUGGAACGUAAGCGAUUUUGAGGAAGAAGGUGAAGAGGAGGAAGAAACUGGAGAGACGGAACGAGCCAAUGGAGCAGAGCAGGUCUGUAGGGGGGUGUGGUGGGCUUUGGGCUGGGUGUACACACAGCCCUGGGCAAGUGCGCUGGUUCUGGCGGUGGGCUUUCUGGUGCCAUUCGGCCUUUCGGCUUAUAUGUUCCUUUGGUGUGAACCGUUAGACAUUGACCUUUCCUACAGUGCCUUUGAGGUCAGGAGUCAUUCCUCAGCAGAACGUUUUGAUGCUCUUACCAUCGCACUGAAAAGUCAACUGGGGUCUUGGGACAGACACAGGCGGGACGCUGACGGAUUUGACCUUGAAGCCGACGCUCUGAGAGACCUUUUGUUGCUCAUGGUAAACAGGCAGGAAAGGAAGGACACGUCCAAAAUAGCAAAUGUUACAAACCCUACAGGGAUCUUAAGUACAGAAUCGACCAAGACAGGGUCGCACAAUGAAAACAAAGAGUUUGGUAAUGAGAAACAUAGCAACUCCACAAGUCCUAAAAUAGCACAGAGCAUCACCUCCAGUGGGGAAGAUCACAGGACAGUAAACUCGACCCUAAUCAGGAAGCGAAGAUUUGCAAGCUACUACCUCCAGACUCAGGCCCUGUGGAGGAUAGAGCUGGUUUUUGUAGCUCAGGGUGACGAGGAUAACAACAUAUUCACCCCUGAACGGCUUAACACCAUCCACCAUGUGGAGAGACUUCUAAUGCAGCACCCGCAGUUUCAGCGAUUCUGUUGGAAGCCAUUGGAGGCUUUACGAGAUUUGCCCCUGGGACCCUCUUUUUGCUCUCCUCCAAGCUCUCUUCUGUCUUAUCUGUUUCCAAGUGAGCGAGCAGGGAAGAUCUACUAUGACGGCAUGGGACCUGAUCUUGCUGAUAUGCACGGUGCCCUGAGCUUGGCAAUCACCCAUCCCCAGUUUUACUGGUAUGUGGAUGAGACCCUUACACCAGACAGGCUUCAGUCAUCUCUUCUUCGAAGUGAGAUCCAUUUCGGGGCUCCUCUCCCCUCAUUCUACUCUCUUCAAGACAGACCUCUAGAACAGAGACGUCAGUUUAGAGACUUUGUGGUGCAAUAUGCUGACAUCUUGUCACAGCAAUCGACCAGUAAAGUGAAAGUGCUGUACGGGGGCACAGAGUUAUUUGAUGAUGAGGUACGAAAGACCUUCCACAGUGAUAUGAUGCUGGCUUUGUUCAGCGGCGGCUGCAUCGCUGUGCUCGUGUAUGUUUUAACCUCAUUUUCCGUGUUUCUGACAUUCUUCGGCUUGGCUAGUAUCGGUCUGAGCUGUCUGGUGGCACUCUUCCUGUACCAUGUGGUGUUUGGAGUGAAAUAUCUCGGCAUUCUCAAUGGAGUGGCAGCCUUUGUCAUCAUCGGAAUUGGUGUGGAUGAUGUGUUCGUGUUCAUAAGCACCUUCAGACAGGCAGCCCACCUGACUUGUUCAAUCCAGCGAAUGAUUUACACAGUGAAGACAGCAGGCAGAGCUACGUUCCUCACGUCCUUCACAACAGCAGCAGCAUAUGCUGCCAACACUUUCUCACAGAUUCCAGCGGUUCAUGACUUUGGUCUGUUCAUGUCCCUCAUUGUGAGCUGCUGCUGGCUUUGGGUGUCCAUUCUAAUGCCUGCAGCCCUUUGCAUCUGGACACGAUGUAGAAGUGCCCACAGCAAUGCCUGUUCCAAAUGGUGGAAUACUCUAACUAAACUAUCAGCCAGCCCGAGCCCUCUCUCAGAUGAUGACGAUGUUGCGCUCAUAACUGCAGAAAUGGAUCCAGGUCUGUAUGAUUCAGAUUCAGAUGUCGCCCUGCUGUCUCUCUCUGUAGAAGCCCCAUUGACCGUGUCCACCGAGGGCAGUGUUGGGAUUGUCAGUGCUCGCCUUCAGAGGAUACUGAGACACUGGGUGGCCGAGCCUGUCGUGGAAAAACGAAAAACUAUAAUAGGUGUCUAUGUUCUGAUUCUGUUGGGUUCUGUGUGGUGCUGUUGUCUCCUGCGGCCCGCCAGUCACGCCCCCGUGCUCUUCCACCGGGACACAAACCUGCAGCGACUCCUGGAUCUCCGCAGUAACCUGAGCGCCCAAGGGAUUUCCUGCCAUAUGUGCUCAGGUGUUUUUAUGGAGCGACCUCAUAAUCUCCACAGUGCUGCUGACUCCUCAGGAAAACAUCCCACAAUUCCCUCAACCCAGACAAAACCAGUGUCCAACAGCACAGCACAGACACAGACAGGUGGUCUUCUCACCGUUUAUGUCUCUAAACUGGAUCUUGGUUCUCCUGCCCCUGUAUAUCGCUAUUCACUGAGUGCCAGUGUACCUGCACCUUGGCAAGCAUCAUCAGGCGGGCAGGGGGAUGUGCCAUUCUUUCAGGCCUACAGAAGUCCCCAUAGCAACUUCAGCACGCGGAUGACCGUGUGCGUUUCUCACGCCUAUCACCCCCGCCCACGAUGGAUGCUUACUCUACGGUCAUGUGACGGCAGCCGACGCUGGAUGGCAGAGUUUGAGUUCUAUGUGGCUUUGGCCGAGCAGCAACACAGCAGGAAGCUGUAUUUUGCCCAGCACACGAUCAGCCCAUAUGCCAGUCGAGUUUGUGAGGGACCACCGGGCUGUGUGUUCAGCUCAGGUCCUGAUGGACCCACUCAGGGCAGUUUCUAUGCUCCACUUCCUGCAGUCACUCAGGUUAAGGUCUCCAGGACGUUUGGUUUUAACCCUUGCAGUGGAGGUGGUUGUGGGAAACCAGCAGUGCGCCCUCUAGUGGACACUGGAGCCAUGGUGUUUGUGGUUUUCGGUAUACUGGGGGUCAACCGUACUCAAGGCUCAGACAAUCACGUUAUUGGAGAUCUGGGCAAUGUGAUGUAUGAUCCAGACUUUGAUCUCUUUAAUGAAAUCGGACACUUGUGCAAGCUGUGCAAAGCCAUCAGUGCCAAUACCAAGCUGGUAAAACCUGGUGGAGCUCAGUGUUUACCAUCAGGUAACAGUCUCACAUCAAUCCUGCCCUUGCUUCAUCCUGAAUGUCACUCUCUUCCUGAGCCCAACCUCUUGCCCGGUCAGCUAUCCCAUGGUGCAGUGGGCAUGCAGGGCGGUAGAGUGCACUGGAUAUCUAUGGCUUUUGAAUCAACCACCUACAAAGGAAAGUCUUCGUUUCAGACACACUCUGAUUUCCUCCAAUGGGAGAGCUUUCUGCAUAAACAGCUUGCAUCAAUCCCGGCUUCAUCUUCCUUGAGGCGAGGGUUUCAAACCUGUCAGCACUGGAAACAGAUCUUCAUGGAAAUCAUAGGUGUGGAGAGCGCCCUCUACAGUCUGCUGCUGUCUCUUGCUAUUUGCAUAGCAUCAGUGGCCCUCUUUACUGCUCAUCCACUUCUCUUGCUGCCCAUCCUGCUGAGCAUUCUGGGUAUGGUUUGCCUGGUGGUGGCGGUGAUGUACUGGCUUGGCUGGGAGAUGGGUGCAGUAGAAGCCAUCUCACUCUCUAUAUUGGUGGGUUCUUCAGUGGACUACUGCUUACAUCUAGUGGAAGGUUAUCUACUGGCUGGAGACACUGUGGCCUCAGGACUGGAUCAUAGUUCGGGGUCGUCCAUCAAACGGCAGCUACGGACCAUUGAAGCAGCGAAUCACGUUGGGGUCGCAAUAGUGUCUAGUGCUGUAACCACAGUGAUUUCGACCAUUCCACUCUUUUUCUGUGUCAUCGUGCCUUUUGCAAAGUUCGGUCAGAUCGUGGCCAUCAACACUGGCAUCUCCAUCGUGUUCACGCUGACGGUGACUACCGCUCUACUGGCGACAAUGGGACCACCCGACUUCACUCGAACCCCUCGGGCCGUGCUUAAAUCCGCUGUGGUUGUCCUCAUAGUGGGUGCCUGCGGUGGUCUCUUGUGGUGGACUGGAUCACAGUUUGCUCCUGGCAGACUGAUAUAACGGUGGUAUCAACUAAUACAAAUUCGUGUUUUCCUGGUUUCAGACAAACUUUAGAUGGACUGAGGAAUGCACAUCAGUGAUUUAUUUGUUAUACGUUGAUAUACGAGUACAAAGAACAGACACUUGUUUUAGGAUUCACUGUACUUUGGAAACAAUAUGAAAUUAAGUAUGUAAAUGUGGCACACUGUCAGUACAGAAAUGAGGAAAUCCAGUAUGUAAAUAUUGCAUUAAACUGUCAGUAUAAAGGUAGCAAUUUGUCAUCAGUUUGAGUAUCAUGUAAGGUAGUUCUUCUUAGUUUUUUAUUCAUGAACUAAAGUGAUUCCAAGGGGACAUGAAGUGUGAUCUGUAUAAAUCUGAAUUCUGUGAAUUCCUACAUGGGGAAAACCAGAAGCAUGGGAAAAGAAACAAGACUAGAUUUAAACUCUACUGUACUCAUUAUGUUCUAAUAGAUCUUCUCUUAUAUUAUUUUUUUUAUUUUGUGAUUUCUCCCAUAAACAAAUUGCUAUGGUGGAAAUUCUCAAAACAUUUCUUAUUAACACUUUCAAACAGAUAAUUGUAAUAAUGUCCAAGAUAGACUGUGGAAUUUAUUCUUCUUCUGGGAUAAUUGCCACCAUCUACAAAAUAGACUUUAAAGAGCCCCUAUUUUCCGCGUUUUCUUUGCAUAAGUUCAGUUUAUGAAUCACACGUGCGCAUUUUUGAUAAAUGAUUGUAAGAUCAAAUGUAGGAUGGUUUCUAUGCAGGAUUUUAUAAAUGAGACCCCUGGACGUUGAAGGUUGAGAGAAGUUGAUAAAAUACAAAAAGAAUAAGUUCCGGUUAAGCACCGUAAAAAUCAGUAAGUUAUAAUAAUUAUUUAAUAAUUAAUAAU